AUGCUGUCCUGUUUCGCAUGCAUGACGGAUGGAUCUGCAGAGUGGCAGCAUGCCGUACGAGGUGCGCUGGCCAAAGUUGAUAGAUCUUUGGACGAGCAAGUCGUCCGCAUUGAAAAGGAGUACCUGGAGGAUGAUCUGAAUGGCUACACGAUCUUGCAGGGCUUGUCUGUGGAAGACAAGAAGGCAUUGGUCGAAGAGUGCGUCCGUGUCCCAUCACUGAAUCAAGCGAUGGGUGCCUUAUGUGGCAUGGCCGUAGGCGACGCGUUGGGCCAUCCUUUUGAGUAUAUCACGGUCACAGACGUCCCUGGAACCUCCCACUUCGAUCUGGCUACUUUGGAAUUCCAUGGGGAGUUUAACAAGUUUGCAUGCAAGCGGGGCCAAUGGACUGAUGAUGCGUCGAUGGGCCUAUGCAUGGCGGAUUCCUUCAUUCUGCGCCAAGCAUUCGAUGGAAGUGACCUACGUCGUCGCUUCUGGUGCUGGUGGUUCCGCGGCUACAACAAUGCUUUCCGGAAAGAUCCUGAGCGAGAGUCCAAAAAAUCAAUCGGCCUGGGCGGCAACACGCAGAAGUCUCUUGAGCCAUUGGUUGCGUGUUCAGAGACAGGCGUCCCACCCGAGUACGAGUCUGCCAGCGAGGAUGCGGGCAACGGCAGUUUGAUGCGGUUGGCAGCCGUCCCAAUCUUUUUCCAUGCCCUUCCGCUUGAGGAGCUGUACAGUGUGGCCAGGAAGUCCUCGCUCACAACUCAUCCAGGGUUUGUGGCGGCAGAGGCUUGUGCUUUCCUCGCUCAUAUUGUGAGGCAAGCGAUGCGAUUGCCGCCAUCAAGUACAGUGACGGCAAGAGACUUCCUGGACAGCACCUCUCAGGAAUUUUAUGUGGCGUCGGGCCUUGCCAGCCACAGCGGCCCUGGCUUCGAUGAGAUGAAGUGGUUAGUCUCGUCCCAGCCGGUUCGAGACACUGAGCGGUGCUGGAAUUGGAAACACGACACACUGGAUAUCGCUGCAACAUUAGCAGCCCGUGGAUGGAGCUACAAUGGCUAUCCAGUGUCCGCAGAUUACUUUGGCUCUUAUUCGUUGGAUGGCCUUGCCGGUGCACUCUGGGCAGUCUACCACACAAGGUCGUUCGAUGAAGCCCUCUCGUGCGCGGUCAAUCUCAAUGGUGAUGCAGAUAGCUUCGGCUCCAUCACAGGGCAAAUCGCAGGAGCGUUCUACGGUUUCUCCGCCAUCAACCCGCAAUUCCUCGACUGGCUUGUCAGGCUCUUCCCGCGUUUCAUGGAUUGCCAGGGUUCCAGAAUGUCCCAGAAUGUCCCAGAGGAUUAA